AUGCUAGACAUGAGCCAGAUCUUGUUCUUGGGGGUCGUUGCAGCACUGGGAUAUGCGAUAUUUUAUACUAGUUUGCGACGCGAUCCUCGGGAACCGCCCCUAGUUCACAAUGGAAUUCCGGUGAUCGGCCAUCUAAUCGGCAUGAUGCGAGACGGAGUUGGAUAUUGGGGCAAACAGGCGAAGAAACAUCCUCGGCAUCCAAUUAUUACACUGGACUCGCUGUUCACCAAAUUCUAUGUUAUCAGCUCGCCUGAUCUGAUGCUGGCUGUUCAGCGCCACAACAAGUCUCUUAGCUUUGAGCCCCUUUUAUUCAUAAGCGCACAUAAUAUUGCGGGUAUAACGAACCCGAAAGCUCUGGACUUGCUUCGUGACCGAGAUGCCGGUGGUCAUGGCCUUGGGAGCGAACUCAUGCACGCCAUGACCCCGACCCUCGUGGGAGAGUCUCUAGAUACGAUGAACAUCCGAAUGGCUCAACUAAUGCGGCCGUUCAUUGACGAUCUGGGCCAAUCCGGCACAGUCGACUUAUACAAAUGGUGUAAAGAUGCUAUUGUGGCUGCUAGCACAGACGCUACCUAUGGCCCACUGAAUCCCUACAAAGACCCGGAGAUUAUAGAUGCAUGGUGGGACUUUGAAGAUGGUCUUGCUGCGCUCAUGGCAAACACCUUGCCAUGGCUCAUAGCCCGCAAGCCUUGGGCCGGCCGCAACAAAGUCGCACGGGCGAUUUUAAAAUACCUGGAAAAGAACGGGCCCGAGAAGAGCUCAAAGUUGACCAAGGUUCGACUGGAGAAAUCUUUGGAAGCAGGAAUUAGUACGAAAGACUACGCACAGCUCGAGGUCGCAAUGUUGAUUGCCUUUGUUUCAAACACUGUCCCCGCCACUUUUUGGUGUAUCUUCGAGAUAUGCUCACGAACAAAUCUUCUUGAGCAGGUACGUGACGAGAUCAAGGCUAAUGCUCUAUCCGUUACCGAGGGUGGUACUCAUAGCAUUGAACUGGCUGCUAUACGAGACCAAUGUCCGCUUCUUCUUUCUACUUUUCAGGAGGUCCUUCGCUUCCGCUCGAUUUCUUCUCCGACUCGCUUUGUUUCAAAAGAUACUCUUAUCGCAGAUAAAUAUCUGCUUAAAGCUGGUAGUUUGGUAAGUAUGGCAUCUGUUCCAAUGGGUCAACGCCCCGAGGUUUGGGGUGACACUGCCAGCGUCUUUGACGAACGGCGAUUCAUGAAAAACGAUGAUCAAUCAGACAAGAAAAAAGAUCCACGGCGAGCUGGUGGAUUCAUGGCCUUCGGGAUAUCACCUACCAUUUGCCCUGGACGGCAUUUUGCUGCCUCCGAGAUUCUCCUUCUCACAGCUAUGAUUAUUCUUCGCUAUGACAUUACACCUGUCGAUGGGGUCUGGAAUGCACCACCAACCGUGCCAAGUAUGGUAGCUAUCACUGGCCCUGUCAAAAGCAAAUUCCCUGUCAACGUGAAGCAUCGCAAGGAGUACAAGGGGGUCAAGUGGGACUUUCAUGUUCAGGAGGCCAAAUCGCAAUUCUCACUGGUGAUAGGUUAA